AUGGUACUCGCGUUCUCCUUAACUGGAAUCAUGUUUUCCGCCUGGGAGAUAAUAGCGAGACCAUUUGCUCACAGUUAUAACAAAGGUCUGGUUUAUUUUAGUUUGAAUGAUUGGCUGGAUGCAUUUCCUGAAUUCUUGCAAUUCGCAAUCAUUCUAUACGCUUCUUUCUAUCUGGUAAUUCUGGCUAUCAUUGCUGUUCAAUUCGUUUUCCGUUAUUUCACUCUCUGUCGACCACACUUGGCUAGGAAAUUCGGAGGAGCCGGAGUGCCAGUCUGGAUAAUUUAUUCCCUUGUUUCUGGUGCAAUUUAUGGAGGAUCGCUCUAUUUAUUUUGUCAACCUGAUAACUAUUCUGAUUCUUAUAUGAGAGAAAUCCUCUCUGAUUCAUACAACUUGAAAAUCGCUGAAGUGACACGAUUUCUGAUUAUUCCAUAUGCGGAAGACGGUUCAGUCAGAUGGAAUAAUUUGAGUUUCCUAUUAGUAGGAGUCAUGAUUUUGAGUCUGCAGUAUGUGAUCAUAGUCUAUUGUGGAGUUCGAAUGCAUACGAUUCUUCAAAAAGAACUUUCACAGCAAUCACUUGUGAAUCGAAAACUUCAGAAGCAGUUCUUCAAAGCUCUUGUUGUUCAAACAAUUGUUCCAACACUUUUGUUUGUUCUGCCAAUUGCUCCAUUUCUAAUUGGACCCCUGGUGGUUCCAUUUCUUGGAAUCGAAAUGAAUUUCCAAACUGGAUGGAUGUAUGUUAUCCUAUGCUUGUAUCCACCUUUGGAUACUAUUGCUUUCAUGUUGAUUGUAUCAGAGUACAAGAAAGUUGCAUUGGAUGUUUUCAAGCCGAUUCUCCCAAAAAGAAUCAAGAUUUCUAGUGAAAUAUCUCAAUCAACGGGACCUGCCUUCACUAAGUGA